AUGCACAAAGCGAGCGUCGAGACAGCAAAUUACUUCAAGGAGUAUCCGGCGGCCGAAGAGAGUCAUCUGUCGCCGUUCAAAUAUCGCUGGGGCACCCCUUUCUACGAGUGGUAUGAGAAGAACCCGGAAAAGGGGGUUCGAUUCGCCCUCGCUCAGGAGGGGAUUGCCAAGUUGGAUCGAUCCUCUGCCGCCCUCGUUGAAUGGAUCAAAUCCAGUGGCCACCCCGAAGGCCGACUCAUUGACGUGGGCGGGGGCAGCGGCCAUGUCGCCCUCGAACUCGCCAAGCAAUUCCCAACAUGGUCCUUCACAGUCCAAGACAUCUCGGAAACCAUGUUUUCAGAAAACUCCCAAUGCGCCGACCCGAGUCUGCUCUCUCGUGUCGAAUUCAGCCAGCACGACUUCUUCCAACCACAGCCGGUCGUCCCGGAGGACGUGAAGGCAUGGUACAUCCGCUCGUGUUUGCAUAAUUGGGGCGACGACGACUGCGUACGCGUGCUGCGGCAGUUCGCACCAGCGCUGGAGGCGCGCCCAGAGUGCUCGGUGCUGAUCAAUGAGAGUAUUGUGCCGGCUCGGGGUACGGUGCCGCUGCGCGAGGAACAUCUCGUUCGUCAGGUGGAUGUGGCGAUGAUGGUGAUUGCGAACAGUAAGCAGCGAAGUGAGCAGGAUUUCCGGGAUUUGAUCGUGAAGGCGGAUCGGCGAUAUGAGGUGGUGAGGAUUAUUCGGUUGCCGGGGACGAUGGGGGUGAUUGAGUUCAAGUUGAGGAAGUAG